AUGGUCGCAGAAGAAGCCUUCCGCGCUUACAUCGGAGUGCAGCUCGGAGUGCAGCUACCUCGAUCCAGGGCGCACAUACGGAAAAAGGGUAGGUAUUUCCCCUGCUCUAUGUAA